AACCUUUUGCAAGUUUAGAGCAUCCAGCUUUGAUGCUUUAAGUUCUCUUCAAAGGUUACACUUGAAAGAGCUUGAAGUUCUUGAUGGCUCAAUAACAGAAAUAGCAUCCAAGUGUCCUGUCCUAGAAGAUUUGAUCCUGGAAUACUGCCUUAUUCCUGAUGGAUUUUUUGUGAGAGAAGUUGACAUAAUGAUCAAAAGACUUUCAGUGAUUAAGUGUGCAUCAAAUGAAAUGCUCUGUGUGUUGAUAUAUCAACUCCAAACCUAUUGAUGCUGACAAUUGUAGGAAAAUACCUGAGAUCAGCAACAACUCGGAAAGCAACAAAACUGAUCGAUGCCCAAAUUAGCAUUAGUGCAGUAUCUGCACACAACACACAUGGAGAUUCUCUAAAUUCACUGUUGAGUGGUCUAAACCAUGGUCAAUCCCUAACUUUAAGCACCUGGAGCAUGCAGGUUAUACCUGUUGAGUCAACAUUGCUGCAGGGACUGCACAUUCCACUCCAAAAACUGAUGCACUUAAGAUUGAUAAUAGGCUUAUCAAAGAAAGAAUUGCCCAGAAUAUCUUGCCUAUUAGUGAGUUGCCCCAAUUUGGAGAGCUUAACUCUAGUAUUAUCCGGACCUAUGGAAAUUUUUGGAUUUGACGUUCCAAGUCCAACCACAUACAACUUUGAAGAGGAAACCUAUUGGGAGUCGCAAGUUGUGCCAUUCCCUUGCUUGAAAACCUCUCUAAAGGAAAUCACGAUAAUUAGGCUAAUGGGAAAAAGAAAUGAGGUGCAGCUGAUCAUGUUCUUGCUGAAGAAAGCAAUUGUCCUUGAAAAGGUGUCAUUCUCCCUUUGUGGACCAGACAAGCACCUGUCCUACAGCCCAAAUGAAUUCAUAUACUUCCGACAGAAUAUAAGUCAGAUGUUUGACUUCAUAAGGGGAUCCAUCCAAGCUGAAGUAAAAGUUGCUGUGGAACGCUAUCCCAAUGAUGUCUACAUCCUUAAUUAAGUUUCCUAAAUUCCGAGUUAUCAAGCCUAUUAAUGUA